UUCAGCCAGUAGGAAUCAAGUAAACAUUGCCCUUGAUACGUAACUUUCACGGCGAGCGCAGAGGUUUCAUUUAAUCAGUUUCUUGAUUUUUGUUGGAAAAUUUUAGUACAACAUGUCGGUGAAACACGCCCUCGGUCGGGGGCUGGAACUCGGCCGGUCGCUUUUACAACUCGGAAUCUUAAAACCCGCGGGCCGGAUCGUAGUGAAGCUCCGCGGCGAGCGCCUGCGUGUGAGUCCGCCGGGCCGCAGCCUCCAGCCCCGGACCUUCCUGCCUGCGCGCUACCGCUACUACCGCACGUCUCUCAGCGGCGUGGCCGCGCAGCUCCAGUCCUCCGGCUUCAGGAGGCUGAUAGGGGGCGGCUCUCCGAGAAACAGAGCCGUUUUUCUGGCUUUCGGUGUCGGCUUGGGUUUAAUCGAUCAACAGCUGGACGAAGACCGAAGGAGCGCAGCGACAUGCCAGGAAAUCCAGGCGGUAUUCACGAAGAAGAAGUUUCAGAGCUCUGUGAAACCAUUCUCCUCUGGAUAUAAACUGGAGGAUUAUGUAAUUGGUAAACGGAUUGGAAAAGGCUGCAAUGGCGCCGUCUACGAGGCUGCGGCUCCGUUCGCUCCGCUUGGGACAACCAGCAAGUGCUCGCUGGUGGAGCUAAAACCAAAUGGAGAUGAAAGCGAUGAUAGGGCAGCUUUAAAAUUCACCAGUUCACACAGCUACCCCCUGGCUAUGAAAAUGAUGUGGAACAUUGGGGCAGGUUCUUCUAGUGAGGCGAUCCUCAAUGCCAUGUCUCAAGAGCUGGUUCCUGCGAGUCCCCAGGCUUUGAAAAAAGAAAAAGGACAGAUUGUAUUGCGUGGGCAUUUUGGAAAAGCGCCCACGAGAGUGACGACGCACCCCAACAUAAUCCAAGUGUACCGAGCCUUCACGGCUGAGGUCCCGCUUCUGCCUGAUGCUUUGGACGAAUACCCCGCUGCCCUGCCUGCCAGACUCAACCCAUACGGCCUGGGCAACAACCACACGCUGUUCCUGGUUAUGAAGAAUUACCCGUGCACCCUGCGCCAGUUUCUCCGGGUGUGCGAGCCAGCUUCCAGACACGGCUCUAUGAUGCUUCUGCAGUUGCUGGAGGGAGUGGAUCACCUGUGCAGGUCGGGCGUCGCCCACAGGGACCUUAAAUCUGAUAACAUCCUCCUGGAGUUUGACUCCGUGGGCUGCCCCAGACUGGUCAUCACUGACUUUGGCUGCUGCCUGGCAGAGGAAGGUGUAGGACUGAAACUGCCCUUUAAUAGUCGCUAUGUGUUCCGAGGAGGGAACUCCUGCCUCAUGGCACCGGAGGUGGCCACAGCCGAGCCUGGCCCCGGAGUGAAGAUUGAUUACAGUAAGGCAGAUGCGUGGGCAGUAGGAGCUAUCGGUUAUGAGAUCUUCGGUCAGCCGAACCCAUUUUACGGCGCCGUGGGCUUGGAAAGCCGCUCCUAUCACGAGAAACAACUGCCACCUCUGGGUGCCAGCGUGCCCCUGCAUGCUCAGAUGGUGGUAAGGCUGCUUCUGCGCAGGAGCCCUCACAAGCGCCCCAGUGCACGUGUGGCUGCGAACAUCCUGCAUCUCAGCCUGUGGGGCAAACGCGCACUAGCCAGUCUGAACCAUACCAGCAUGGUAAAGAUGACCGAAUGGCUGCUGUGUCAAUCAGCUGCGGUUCUCCUUCAAGGCUGUGCCAGCGGUGCCUCGGUGGAGGCCGAGCUCCAGAGAGGAUUUCUCGCCAGCCUGGAUCUGGAGGAGCUCCGCACGGCAGUCAGAUACCUCCUGAACGGAUGAGCGUUAGCACCUGACCCCCAUCCCGAGAAUCUGUCGUGGGAGAUUUCAGGAUAAUCCUGAAAAAAGCACAAAGACUGUAGUUAACCCUGUGGAUAAAGCCAAAUCCAAGUUUGCGUUUAUGAUUGUGUUAAAGUAACAGCACUUUAGGCACUGUAUAUGCACUUUUAUGUCUCUUGUUAGACCUAGUCUCCACACAGGUUGUAAUUAAAAUGUGGGAAUAUGGAUUUGUUCUUGUUCAUUACAUCACAAGAAAUAAACACACUGCGUCCAAGAAAACUGCCACUAUAUCCCUCUUUCAUGAAUAAACAUUUGAAUGUUUAAAUCA